AAAUCCAUAUCUCAAUCUUCUUCAUCACAACAACAACAACUACUACUACUACUAUCCCUCUCUCUCUCUCUCUUCCACAAAAACAAAAAACAAAAAAAAUCUGUAUUACUCCACUCUUCCAAACUACUCAAGAAAUGGCACUAGAAGCUCUGAGCUCUCCCACCGCAGCGGCGCCUUCGUUCGACUUCGAAAGCGCCGCAUCUCUCCCGUGGAGCAAGGGCAAGCGCACCAAGCGCCCCCGCACCCACGACCCCUCCGAGGAGGAAUACUUGGCUCUCUGCCUCAUCAUGCUCGCUCGCGGCGGCCCCACCUCCACCCCCGCCGCAGCCACAGCCCCUCCGCCGCCGCAAAAAAUAUCCCCUCCUUCUAAACUGAUUUACAAGUGCUCCGUUUGCAACAAGGCUUUCGGGUCCUACCAGGCCCUGGGGGGGCACAAGGCCAGCCACCGCAAGCUCAGCGGCGGAGGCGGAGAUCACGACCACUCCGCCUCCGCCAUGGCGGCGAGCGGCGGCGCCGGAGGAAGGACGCAUGAGUGCUCCAUAUGCCACAGGAGCUUCCCGACGGGGCAGGCCUUGGGAGGCCACAAGCGCCGCCACUACGACGGCGGGGCGGCCAGCGGCAACGGCGGCGGAAGCAGCGGCGUGACGUCGUCGGAAGGAGCAGGGUCAACGGGCUCGCUCAGGAACUUCGACUUGAACUUGCCGGCUAUGCCGGAAUUGUGGAUGGGAUUUGGCUCCGGCGCCGCCGAUGACGAAGUGGAGAGCCCUCACCCCUUGAAGAAGUCCCGCCUCUCCUUGCCGCCGGCUAAGCUGGAACAGACCUUCACCAACUGAAAAUUCCAUUUUUAUUUUUAAUUGUUUGAGAAAUUCAAUAUUUUUUUUUAUAAUUAUUUUUGUUCGUGAUAAGUGUUUCUGGUGUACAUACGACUAGAUGGUGAAGAUUAAUUAAUUCAUUUAUUUAUUAAA